GACGGGUACCCGUGUGGAUCGUUACCCCCCCUCACCAACUGCAAGGAUUAUGUCGCUUUCGAAGCCCUUGACGCUCUCUAGGAUAAACGAUUUUAUUCUCGGGUCGUUUUCUGCCCUUCCACCCUCUGCAACUUUGGACCACUUGGUGCGGUACUUGGGAACAUGGAGUGGUAGCGAUAAAUUGUUCAUGGUGCUACAAUAUACCCUACAGCUACUGGUCCCUCUGUUGAAUCUGCGCGCGCGCCUGCAAUAUCGAGCUGGACUCAGGAAGGAUCCUACGAGCUCGGCUGCUGUUGGAAUAUCCAAGUUUGCGAAAAUCAUUAAUGAUUCACGGACACUGUGGAGAAUCUGGGGUCUGUUGCCCAUUUUCCAGUGGCUGAUCUCUCUGGAGCGGAACCCCCAGCCGACGCGUAAUUUGCUCACAAUUGAGCGUUUACAAGGGUGGUCAAUGCUGGGUUACUAUCCUCUCGAGCAUCUUAGUUAUCUCACAUCUCGAGACAUUAUCCCCUCCACUAUCUCAUCUCCUCUUGCUCCCCAAAAUGCCAUUACACUGAAGCCAGUACCCAUGGGAAUGUGGUCCUGCCGCUUCUGGGCUGCGUAUGUCAUUCUACAGUUUGCGCACUUGAGAGAAGACCGGAAGUUGUUGCAGUCGCGACAACGUACGCUACGCAAAGCGAAAGGCUCCGGAAUCACUGAAUCGGAAAAGAAGGAAAUACAAAGUCGAUCGGACUCGUAUUGGAAUGAAAUGGUGCUGAAUUUGGGAAAUCUUCCACUUGCUCUUCAUUGGUCAACCGAGAAAGGUCUCAUCAAGAAUGAGGUUUGGGUCGAUAUCCUAUGUCUCAUCACCGCUCUGGCAUCCUUCCGUGGUGGCUGGAGGGCGACGGCUUUACCCUCUCCUCCUCCUCCGGCUCCUAUACGUGCCGAAGGAGCAGUUCCCCUGCCUGAAACUAGUGCUGAUGUUCCGGCGGUGGCAUACGAGAUAUCUGGUUAAGAGGUGUGCCACGCAAAUGGGAGAUAACUAAGGGAACACUAUCUAUACAAAAAGUCGUUUAUUCCCAUUGUACAUUAUUUAUUUUCAUGGAGAGCUGCGGCUAAUUCAUGUCUUG